AUGCCUUCUUCUACCCCCUCCUUACUGUCCUGCGAUGACUUUUUCUACCCUUCUUUAUCUAUCUAUGGCUCGGUUGUCGGUGGAGACGGAUGCUUUGGCUGGUUGACCUGUUGUUCGGGGUACACCGAAUCCGACACUGCGUUCGCGAACUCCGUCCAGCUGCCAGCGACGCCCCCACGCACCGUACAUGACACCGAUCCCACCGUGCCCUGA